UCAACACUAUAUUUCCCAUUCAAAAGCGGAGGGGUUUCUUCUGCCUCUCCAGCCCUGGGAGAGACGUCCUCCAUAUCCCGCAGUCUCUCGAGCCUGUGUUGGAGGGGUUGUAGCCUAGACUUCAGCUACGCGUGUUAGAGUAGCCGGUGGCCGCCACGUGACCAGCCCCGCUCAACGCCGGGCUCCACCGCGCGGCAGGGGCUGGGCGGAGUGAGGAGCGCCCGUCGGAACUGAGGCGAGCGGUGGCCCCGCGACCCCAGGCUCCGUUUUGCAUUAGCGGGAGGUUCCUUGGUCCUCAGAGCGGACAGGACAGCGCCGCGCCGCACGGGCGCGGACGUGCGCGAACAGGAGCCGGGCCUGAGCCCCGGCCGCUGCAGGGGCACUCGUCCCGGACGCGGCGGCGCUCGGAACUGAGCCGGGGGCACCGCGCAGGCCACACCCCUUCCGGCGCGGCCAGGCCCGACCAGGCGAGCGCGGGCGCGGAGGCAGGCACCGCCAGACGAGCGCCGAGUCGCCGCGCCGGGCCCACGAGUGUGCCGCCAUGGCCUCCCUGCAAGCCAAGGACGCCUACUUACAGGACCUGGCCAGGAAGAUCUGCGCCCCGCACGACCCCGAGCCACCGCGGCUCGCGCGGGCUAGUAAAAUUCAAGGCUCAGAAGCUUCUGGACCCCGAAAAAAGAAAAGAAAGAAAACACCAAAAAAAUUCCGGGAACAGGAACAGAAGGCUUCAGAGCACAAAGCCAAGACCCUUGGGGAGAAGAAAUCUCCAGUGGCUCCUGGGACCAAGAAGCCAACAGCAAACAAAGAGGAGCCUUCCAUCUCCACAGAGGCCCCUGCAGGUGGCCAGGCUGCAGCACCUGAUUCUGUCUUUGCCUUGGAUGUCCUGCGCCAGCGGCUGCAUGAGAAGAUCCAGCAGGCUCGAGGCCAGGAUGGUACGCUCUCUGCUGCCAGACUGGAGAAAAGGCAGCGGAGAAAGCAGGAGCGCGAUCGGAAGAAGAGGAAGCGGAGGGAGCUGCUAGCGAAGGAGAAGGAGAAGGCCGCAGCACAGGCCGGAGGCACUGCAGCAGUGGCGGCUCCCCCUGCAGCAGUCUGCACAGGGCCACAGGAGCCAGCGCUGAUCUUCAAUAAGGUGGAGGUCAGUGAGGAGGAGCCGGCCACCAAGGCCCAGCGGCGGAAGGAGAAGCGGCAGAAGGUGAAGGGGAACCUGACCCCUCUGACAGGCAAGAACUACCGGCAGCUGCUGGAGCGCCUGCAGGCGCGGCAAGGCCGGCUGGAGGAGCUGCGGGAGCAGGACGCAGGGAAGGCCCGGGAGCUGGAGGCCAAGAUGAAGUGGACCAACCUGCUGUACAAGGCCGAGGGGGUCAAGAUCCGGGACAACGAGCGGCUGCUGCAGGAGGCCCUGAAGCGCAAGGAGAAGCGCCGGGCUCAGCGGCAGCGCCAGUGGGAAAAGCGCUCGGCCCACGUCGUGGAGAAAAUGCAGCAGCGGCAGGACCGGCGGCGGCAGAACCUGCGCAGGAAGAAGGCGGCCAAGGCUGAGCGGCGCCUUCAGAAGGCCCGCAGGAAGGGCCGCGUGCUGCCCCAGGACCUGGAGCGGGCGGGCCUCGCCUGAGCACCCCAACCCUCCCACCGCGAACCCUCCCCACCCUGGCUGCUGUCUCUGAGACUUCAGAGCUCCCAGGUGAUAGGUGACACUGGGCAUAGCCCGAGGGCAGCAGAUGCCAUCCUCGACUCCCAGAGCUGCCUGAGGCUCGGAUCACAUGCUGAGGAGAGUGGGGUGUCUGUGUUGUCGGUGAGCAGGGCCAAGGCCUGCAGACGUACGGGAGUGGAGAACUAGACCCAAUCCCAGAGUCCUUGUAGGGUGGGAGAGCUUCCCUGAAGUCUGCAGGUUGCCAGGGAGCCCUCCUCCAGGCCCUCCUGCCUUUCCUGGGUUCCCAGGGGUCCUGGGCAGGAAGAAAAGGGCCUUGGUCAACUGUCCCAUUAGUCCAGGGCUCAACAGGAAGGGAUGCAAGCCCAGGGGACUGACUGGCUCCCAUAGCUGGGAGAACCAGGGCCAGCCAAGCACUGCCCUUCUGGGGAUGCCUUGCUCUUCCCUGUGGUAGUCUCAUCCUCUCCUGUUCCUCAGUAGUCCUAGGACAAUGUUUUCCCAGCUCAAAAUCCAAAGAGGGGAACGGAGCUGUUCUUCCUAGGCCCAUGGGGUGUGACUCAGGCUGCGCAGUCACCUCUGGGCAUUUGCUGGCUCGAGGGCUGUGUCGUGGUCAGCGAGCCUCGGCACCCUCCUGGAGUCAGGGCAGAGGACUCCCUAUGGGUACAGGGCUGAGGGAAGCCUGCUUUCACCAGAUGAGUGGGUAGGAGAUGGGGACAGGGACCUCAAGUGAGAGCCUGGAUGCAGAUGGGGGGAGCGCGACUGGACAUUUCCCUAGUGUCUUGGGGGAGCAUCCCCCACUGCCUGAACAGCUCUUUAGAAAUGGGCUGCUUGUGCUGAUUUGGUGGCCCACACUGGUGAUCCCAGCACUCAGGAAACUGAGGCAGGAGCUGGAGGAUCAAAACUUAGAGACCAGCCUAGGCAAUUAGCAAGACCCUGCUUC